UCCUAGGGCUCCCAGGGGUCAAGGACGGGGGGCGCCCUGUGCAUCGCCCCUGCGGCCAGUCUUUUUCCAGAGGCAAAGGCCGGUCGAAUGCCAAGCGGAUCGGGGCGAGGGGGGUGUCUGACCGUCUUCCUGCCCCCGGCGCCCCCUCCCCCGCCGUUGUCCCCGAGCGCCCUCUCCCCCUCCCCCGCCAGGAGGGGCGGGGCCUGCCGAGGAGUGGGCGGUGCUUCUCCCACCUUUAAAGCGGGAGGCGGACGGAGGAGGAGGAGAAGAAGAGCCUCCGCGCGCAGACCCGAAAGCAGGAGACCCCCCGCCGGGAAGAGACGACCCCCGCCCGGUGCCCCCCGUCGGUGCAGCAGCCUCUCUGUGUCCUGUGUAGCCAUGAAGCUGGAGAGCCCCAGUGCCGCCGACUCGCAGCUGGAGUUCACGGUGGCCACAGAGGAGGAGUUCGAGGAGGUCCUGGCCAUGUCCAAAGGCAUCUACGGCGGCCUCGACUACCUCCCCAGCCGCUACCACGCCUGGAUCCGUGAGCCCAACCGCACCGUCAUCCUGGCCAAGAAGAAUGGAGCCGUGAUUGGACUGCAGUCCAUCUACAUCAUAGACUCCGGGGAGACAGCUCUGGUGGAGGGGCUGCGUGUGGCCCCCUGGGAGCGCGGGAAGGGCGUGGCCGGAGACCUGCAGCGCUUCUGCUCCCAGAUGGUCAAAGAGAAGCACCCCGGAGUCAAGGUCUCGCGCCUCACUCGGGAUGACCAGCUGGGGCCCAAGGACUUCAAGAAGUACCGCGUCAUCGCUAAGCAGGGGAUCCUGCUGGUGCGCUUUGGUGCCCAAGAGCUCCUGGAGCGCCUGGACGCAGCGGAGCUGGCGCUCGCGGAGGGUGGCUUCUGCCUGGAGGCCUCGGAGCUGCUCUCGGAGGGUGAGGUGUCGGCGGUGGUGCUGGCAGAGCGGUUCCGGCACGAGGUGCUGCCCAACCAGACCAUCAUCCAGGACUGGCAGCCCUUCAAGGCCACUGAGAGCAACCUGGCCUUGCUGCGGAAGAAGGAGCUGCACUGGCUGGUGGACCGCAAGGACAUGCCCUCGGUCGCCACGCUCAGCACCCGGCCCUUCCCCAUCCCGCUGGGCCAGGACUGGUCCUACCUGAACAUCGACGCCUUCGGCCGCCACCCAGCCCACCUCAAGGGCCAGCUCCUGCGCCACCUGCGCCUCCAGCUGCCCGGCCUCCGCGGCAGUGUCAUGUGCCAGCUCUUCCUGGAGCCCGAGCUCUGGCUGGAGAUGGCCACCUUCUGCCAGGCCGGCCUGGGGCUGGAGCUGGCCAAGGGCUACACCGAGCAGUUCCUGCUGGAGUCGGACAUCUGAGCAGGGAGGGGGAGGUGUGACAGGCACCGCUGGAUCCUUUCCCUCCCAGACCCCCCCUCUGAUGACCCCUCUGCAUCUCUCCUGCAACGCUUCUGCACUUUCAGAGCCUUUUAACAGUUUAUCCUGGAGAUACUUGGUCCCCCCAGAGUUAGCGCCCCUUUUGCCCCAUAGAGAGGAAAGCGCCCCCCUGGUACACAGCCUUAACGUAUCCGGCUGUGCAAUGGGCCACAGAGGAGGAAGGGGGGGGGGUCCAGUGCAGGCGCUGGCAGAUGGUCAGCUGGUCCUCAGCAGUGCUGUCGGGGCGGGAGCCCCCUGCCCCCCCCCCCCCCCACAGCCACUCCUCUCCCCCGCUGGCCACUUGGGCAGCCCCCUCCCCACACUGCUGAACCCCCUCGCUCGGUUCCGAUCCCGAGAAGAGGAAGGGCCUAGCUGCUUGGGCUCCCCCAGAGAGACCCCUAGGUCUGGGUCGCUGGGGGAGGGGCUGGAUGGCCGGCUGCGUGAUGGAAGCCCUUUGCUCUGCAGAGCCCCUCCCCUCCCGCCCGUAGCCUAGCAACAGGAGAUGGUGACAGAGCCCGCCCCCCGCAACCGCCACGGUCGGUGGGCCGGCAGCCUAGCAACUGGAUGACGCAGGCGCCCCUAGCAACGGCCGGGCGGGGGAGUGCGGAGGGGGUCGUCCUGCCCUCCAUGGCAGCCCCUUCCCCUGCCCCCCUCCCCACAACCUAACCCGCUUUCCUCUAGCGCCGCUUUCAGACUCACUAAUGU